CGGUUAAUUAACAGAAAUUAAAACUGGAUUAUGCUAACAGCAAGUUAUCCAAGCAACACCACUGGUUUUUCUUGCUCAGAACCCUUCUGCUCAAACCUCCAAUCCAUUUUCUGUCCACACUAAAAAUCAUAUUUUUCCAUCUUAAGCCAACAACAUGGAAGGAAGUGAAAUUAUGGAGGAAAAAGAAGCAGGUAUUGGUCAGAAGAAGAAAAUAUUUGUUGCUGGUGCAACUGGGAAUACAGGGAAGAGGAUUGUUGAGCAGCUUUUGACUAAGGGUUUUGCUGUUAAAGCUGGGGUUCGUGAUGUUGACAAGGCUAAAUCUACCUUACCCGAAGGAAACCCUCUUCUUCAAAUUGUGAAAGCCGAUGUGACAGAGGGAUCAGCUAAACUAGCUGAUGCCAUUGGUGAUGAUUCUGAUGCGGUAAUAUGUGCUACAGGUUUCCAGCCUUCGUGGAACUUGUUGACACCUUGGAAGGUUGAUAAUUUUGGCACAGUGAACCUUGUGGAUGCAUGCCAAAAACUUGGUAUUAAUAGGUUCAUCCUUAUAAGUUCAAUUCUUGUCAAUGGGGCUGCAAUGGGUCAGUUGUUCAAUCCCGUCUAUAUAAUCCUUAACGUUAUGGGACUCGUAUUGGUAGCAAAGCUUCAAGCUGAGAGACACAUUCGUAAAUCUGGCAUCAACUACACAAUAAUUCGGCCUGGUGGGCUAAAAAACGAUCCUCCACAAGGAAAUAUAGUCAUGCAACCAGAGGAUACCCUUUUUCGAGGCUCAAUAUCUAGAGAUCAGGUAGCUGAAGUUGCAGUCGAGGCAUUGCUCCAUCCAGAAUCUCAUUACAAAGUCGUGGAGAUAGUGGCUAGUACAGAUGCCCCUAAACGUUCAUUCGAGGAACUCUUUGGUUCAAUAGAACAACAGUGACUUGUAAGCAUGCUACUUUUAUUCCAUCCACUAAAAUGUUUUUUUGAUAUAUACGAUACUCAACAUUUCUCUUGUGUAAAUGAUGAUGCUGUUGUGAUCUGAACUUGGUUCUUGCACCAAGUUCACAACACUACUCAAAAGAA